AUGCCGCAGUGCGCCGUAGCUACGUGCCGCAACAGUCAUCGGCGGACCCGUGGUCGUCGAAUCCGUUACCAUCGAUUCCCUCAGAUACCGGAAGUGCGUUCGCGAUGGGUGCGCGCGUGCGGUCGCGUGCCGCUCGUGAACGGCGAGAUACCGUUCAACAUACAGACAGCUCGCAUAUGCUCCCUCCACUUUACAAACGAGUCCUACGAGAAGGACAUGGAGCACCUUGUGCUUGGUCUUCCGGUGCGCAGUAGGCUGCGCCGUGGCGCCGUACCGACGAUCGGCGUGCCGGUGAACGUGCAGCCGGUCACCAAGAUGCUGGUCGAGGACGCAAAGCGCUCUCUCCUCAAGGUCGCGCACGCGAAAAUGUUAACGGGACAACAGAAGGUAGCGGCUAGCGGCGUUGGCGAUAACGGGGACGCUGACGCGACCGAUGGUAAUAAGCAACAACAUCAGAGGCAGCAGCACCACGACCCAACAGAUAAGAGACAGCAUCAUCAGCAACACCACAACCACCACCAGCAGCACCACCGUGCUACCAACAAGAACGGCACCAAUCAUCGAGCGAGCCAAGAACAGAAGAUGGCGGGCAUUGAUGUGCUCUUAGCGCUCGGUCUGAAACCCGCACCACGUUUGAACAAGAUGCACGCGAUGGAAGGUUCCGGUGGAAACGGGAAGAAGGUGGAUGCUGCGGAGAAGACGAGAGAGGAGGAUUCGUCUAGAACGUCACCAAAAGUCCCUCAAAAUCAACAAAAUGGUGCAGCACUUCCGGAAGAAACCGCAGCAGCAUCAACGACGACCGCGGAUCGUCUUCGAUCGUCGUCGAUAAAGAAGGAACCUUUAUGCGACACGGAUUUAGAAACGGCGGGAAAAUCUUUAUCCUCGUCCGAUGGUUCGCAACAAAAGGAACGCGCGCCUAUGCGUUCUUUAAAACCCGAGAUAGCUGAAAGUGGCAGAAAACGUAAAUCAACGGACGGACAAUUAUCCUCUAAUGGGAAUUCCGCACCGAAAAAAUUCUGCCUUGAGCAACGAGAACAAUAUAUAUCGUUUGUCGUUGGCUGUGAAAAACUUAACGCCGAUGAACUCGCCGUAAGAGCUGAUCAAUUACGCGCCGAAGUUCAGGCCCUUGACGAGCUAGCCCGUGCCAAAGAAAUGGAAUGGAAUGAAAUCUUGAGUAUGAGAAAGCUCAAAGAAGAGGCGUACCUGAGAGUCGAAAGGAGGAGACAGGUUUUAGGAUUUAUGGAAGGCAAUAGACAGAUGGGAGAAACCUUACCACCAGCGAGUUUGUCUCUGGGACCUGAAUGGGAAAGUAGCGACAGCACGACGCCCGUGCCUAAAGAAAAAUGUUCUUUCGAUUCGAAAGAAGACGUUCCCGAAGAAACUUCUCAAGAUUUACCAGCUUAUAAAAAAGAAAAGAGUUCAAAGGCAUCAUCACAUAGACAAGUGACACCACCUAAGCAAACUGGUGAGAACGGUCGAAAACAAACAGAGGCAAUGAGUCCUGAAAAUAGACAAAUUGGAGAAGGUCGUCAAGGUACGAUCGUUGAUGUUAGAUCUAUCAUCGCUGACUACAGGCUUAGACAUCCAGAAAUGGUACCACGACGGGGUCGGAGAAUGAGGAAUUCAGUAAACGUCGGUUUGGGCGCGGGUGGAGCUAUGGUCGAAACAGGGCACAACGUAGACUCGCGACCAUCCAGUACGGAUUCUUGUAAAAGCAAUCCGAAUGCCACUGACCCUAACAAUUCCAUGAGCUUCAAAGACGUACUCGUUCAAUUCGCAAAGUUGAGCCAACAACAAGGGGAACCAGUGAAAACGCCCCAGAAUUAUCCAGAUGUAACUUUGCAUCCUGUAGCGCCAUCAGCGACCCCACAAACUACGCAAACUCAAUCGACUGGUUCAUUACUUCAUGGAAUUCUCACUAAAUCGCAAUCUCCUAGACCAACCACCUUUUCACCCACUUUAGCCAGGUUACUCACAGCUCCUGAAAGGGAAAGGAGCACUCCUACCGUCACAUCUAUACCACAGCAAAGUACUGCAACUCAACACCUUUUACAAGCGUAUCAAGGCUCUAAUCCGGUUUCUAUUAGCGAUCUCCUAUCUUCUUCCAAGGCAAGAACAGAAAUAACCAUUACGCCAGUUGUCAAUACGGCGGUGCAAUCUCAUUCUAAUAAUUUAAUUCACGUGGAGGAUGUGGAAGAAGAGGCUGCAGUUAUAGAGGAUAGAGAAACUCGAAUUUCCUCGGGUGGAAGGGAUACCAGAGACGACAGAGAUAGUCCACCACGUUGUCAAGGUUGCCAUGAACGUGCUGCACAAUUCGUGUGCGCUGGCUGUGGUAAUCAGUGGUAUUGCAGUCGCGAAUGUCAAGUCGCGGCAUGGGACGAACACUCCGAAGUGUGUUCUGGCUAAAACUGAAGUAUUAAAAUAUUUCACUCGAGUAUUUAAAUACUUCUUAAAUAGAGACAGGUGAUGAAACGACCUGCACAACUAAGAAUGAAUCUAGUCAAGAAACGAAUGUCACGAGCUUGAUUCUUAACGAGCAAGAUAUGAAAAAAGUGUUAUAAGAACAUUGUAUAUUUUUAAGAGUGUUUAAGUAUGUUUAAUCUGUAAAAAUUGAACUAUAACUUUAAUUUCAAGAUGGAAUGAUUGCCAAAAUUUCCUGUGUCACGCUACAAGUUAUGAAUGUAGCAUAGAGAAAAGUCUUAAACGUGUUUAGAAGUAAAAAAAAAAAACAAAAAAAAAAAAAAAGAUCGAAAUGUAAAGGUCAUUGCUUUACUGUAACCGUUGCAUUGCCUUUAUUUGAUAUUGGGAUUACGAAAGUCGCGAUUUUUUAAGUAAAUAUAAAACACUACUGCUCGAUCGAAACCUCAAGCAUUUAACAAUGUAUCACUAAAAAAACUUACUCGCAUUCAACGGAACGAUCUAUCUGUAAUGUUACGUAUCCGCUUAAAGUACUUUUUAUGAAAUCGAUUCUCCUUAAUAACCGUUAAAAUAUAUUUCAUUGGUACGGACGAUUAAUUCUUUGGUCCAUUCGAACUUGUAGUUUUUUUUUUAAUUUAUACCAACUUACUGUUUACGCUAGUCCAAAGUUUUCAACAGUUUCAAGAAAUCCUAAUGAGAAACAGAAAAAUAUAUUUGUUUAUAAACGGAUUUAAGAGAGAGCACAAAAAUGUAGCUUAUGAUACUGUAUAUAAUUUUAUACAAGUUACCAAGAGAUCGUUCAAGCUCGAACUUUAAAAAUCAAUUAAUCGUGUGCCAUGUGUCAAAUUCGUUUAACGUGGGCGGCUUUACAUGUUGGUACAAUUCAAUGUAUGGAUUAUAAUCGGAAAUGUUUUUAUAAUCUUAUUGCUUUACACUUUUCUUUCUCUUUUUUUUUUUCUUUUUUCUCUCUUUUUUUUUUUUAAAUCCUACAGAUUUACAUUGUAAGAAGACAAUUGCAUUUUAAACUUGAUUGAAUGCAUAGAAACAAAUUUUUUUCUCGAUCGUAUCUUUUAUUCGUUCUAAAAUAUUACAUAUGCGCGUAUCACAGACAUUGUAUUUUAUACCAGAUUUGUUACCAUAUAAAAUUUAGAUUUAAUAGAUCUUUAGCUUUAGUAUAGAUUUAAGCCGUUGUUUUGUAACUACGUCGAAAACGUAUUGAAAUGUUUUAAGUUG